AUGCUCUUUCAACCGUUAUUUACCACGAUCUGCGUACUCCUUCUCGGCUUGCUAGCAACAAGCGCGACUAUAGGCAUUCGGCCGCAAAUUUCCGGGCUGGACAACACCCUCGGAGCUACGAUUCAGACGAUUAAGAAUACUAUACAACAGCUGCCGAUCCACGAUGCAGCGUCAGUAACCGUUCUUCCCCGGAGAUCCGAAGACGAAGAUCAUGACGCAAUACCCGGGCUCCACGAAACAACAAUAGACUGGAGAGAGGAUGGGUCUGAGUCUCUGAGACUGGAAGCAGAGCGUGAGGCUGGAUUUCUGCCGAGUUCUCAUAGUGAGAGUUAUGACUCGUUACCGCAGUUUUGGCCUUUGUUUAAAAUUUGUGUCGUUUCAGCAAUCGUAAUUUGUAUUCUUAAAAUAGCCCGGGACUUGAGGAGGUAG